GCCGCCGCGGCUCGAGCGUCAGAGCGCGGGCGCAGCUCUCCCUGCCCGCUGCGCGGUCGCUGGCGUCCUCCGAUUUGGGCGCUCCCUCCAGGCGGCCCGUCGGCGUUCCGCCCCCCCCGCCCGCGCCGCCCGCGGGCCCACAUGGGCGGCUGCCUGAAGCCGCAGGGCGCCGGUGCCGCCGCCCCCUCCGGCGGCGCCGCGCAGGCGGCCGGUCGCGCGGACGACCCCAAGUUCACGGUGGACGUGCUGGUCUUCCAUUUCGGCGCCGACCGCGCGCUGCAGUUGCUGACCAGCCGCCGAGCCCUACGAGGGCCACGCGGUGCUUCCCGGCGGGGACGUGGCAGCAGGAGAGGGCGCGGAGGCGGCGGCGGCGCGGGUGAUGGAGGA